UAUAAAUCGCACCAUGACCUAAUGUUCUUGUGAUUCACAUGAUCUGGUGACGUCAAAAGCAAAAUAAAUAGGAUAAGAGACCUUUAUUUCGCAAGUAACUACUAAGAACAACCUCGUCUAAGAUUUAAGCAAGUUAUAGAUUGUCAACCAGCACACCAGCACCAUGUCUCUGUACCCAUCACUAGAAGAUAUGAAGGUGGACCACAUGGCCCAGGCACAGAUGCAGCACAGCCAAGCCCAGGCCCAGGCAAUCCAAUACCCACAGCAGGGACAGGGGCUGCCAUACCCUGUGAACCCCACGGCCGCUGCAUACCCACAGUCCUCUCUGUACCCUUCACUCAAUGAGUACAUGGGGCUGUCUCUGGAUGAAGGGGCUAUUCCUCCUGCUUAUGGUCAAGUGGUGCCUUCUGGGGGAAAUCAGUUGGCAGUGAGACAGACCCAGACCGGGAAUAUGCAAGUGGCCCCUGUCACUGGUAAUGAUGUCGGUUUAAGAAGAGCAGAAAUCAAACAAGGAAUAAGAAUGGUCACGCUGUGCAAAGACCAGCAGGGCAAGUGUGGCCUGAGAGUGAGAGGAGUCAAUAAGGGUGUGUUUGUUGCCUUUGUCCAUGUGAACUCCCCUGCCGCCUUGGCUGGCCUGAGGUUUGGGGACCAGAUUCUAGAGAUCAACAACCAACUUGUGGCUGGCUGGGACACAGACAAGGUCAUGAAGUUCAUUAAGAACGCAGCACCAGAGAAAAUAUCCAUGGCAGUACGUGACAGACCAUUUGAACGUACUCUGACCAUGCAGAAGGACAGUGUGGGACACAUAGGCUUUGUCUUCAACAAUGGUAAAAUAAACUCCAUCGUGAAGGACUCUUCUGCCGCAAGAAACGGCAUCCUUACAGAGCAUCAGCUCAUUGAGGUCAAUGGUCAGAAUGUUGUAGGACUAAAGGAUUCUGAGACACGUGACAUCUUUGCUGCAGCACCAAGGACGGUCACUGUCACCAUCAUGCCUUCAUUUAUCUAUGAACACAUUGUCAAAUGCAUGGGUUCCAGCUUAGUUAAAAAAUUGAUGGAUCACUCCAUCCCCGACAUCUAAACUUAACUGUCCUGGAAAAUGCAGAUUCAGGAAAAAGUUCUGCAGAGUUGCACAUAAACAUUAUUGUUGGAUGAAUAUUUGGAUGACUCAAAAUAACUCUCUGAGUUGUUUUACCUUGUAAAUAUUUAAAAUCUGUAAAAAAAAAUGGUCACACAGAAGGACAAUCCUCUGGUCGAAUGAGAAGAAAAGCAUCUAUAUUUCUGCAUUUGGAGCAAUAGGAAAAGAACUAAUAAAAUGGAACUGUGAAAAUGUUUGCAUGUGGCAUGAAGAACAUACCAUGUAGAAAGCACCUUCAUUCAGUGCUUAUAAUUCUGUAUUCAAGAACUAAAAUCCAAGUUUUCAGUGGAUGCCUCAGGUGCAGGGUCAAUUGACUGAUGUUUCUUUGAAUAGAAAUGGUAUGCUGCAUGGGCAAUUAGUGUGAUAUCAACGUGAUUACUAAACUGCUUAUUUAUUCAAGAUUUUGCUGCAUAUCAUAUGGCGUAGUUUUUGAAUCACCAAGUUUAGCAAAAGAUGGUCAUAAUAGAUGUUCUCUUUUUGUAUGAAGGCACUUGUUCUACCUUUCUACAGUACAUUCUAAUGGCAGUGCCAUUAGCUUAUUAAUAAGAAUGAAAAAUAUCGAGUUUUGAUAAAUGUAAAUAUUAGAUUUUGUGAGUUUGUGGAAACGAUUUGUAGGAUAAAAUAGUCGAAUAUUGUAACACAAUGCUGUGUGCUCUAUUUUAUUAUAAAAUUGAUUUAUAAAUAAAUGUGUUUGUUAUUAAAUGUU